AUGUUUACCAGAUCAAUCUUACAAAGAGUCACCAAGACUCCAGCUCAACAAUUGACUUCAUCGAUUAUCCCUAAAAGAUCUUUUCAAAUCUCGGCUAAAUUGAUGAGUGAUAUGAAUAAUAUUUAUGGGCAUCCAGAAGAGGGUGUUUAUUCAAAUUUGCCAUUCAAGAUUAAGAACAGAAAAUUUAUUCCAUUUGCAGUUUGGUAUUGGGGUGUUAUGGGGUUCUUUUUUGCUUUUCCGUUUUUGACUUCAACUUGGCAAAUUUAUAAAUCUGGUGGUUUCAAUGCUAAGGAUGAAUAA